GCCCACUCAAAUCUUUGUCGUCUUCCUCGCGUGAAAUCUCAGAAGAACCCUGAUUUCUUCAAAUUCUUACUCUCAAAAUUCCUGCAAAAAUGAAGGUUGGAGGCGCAAAUAUUCACUUUAAGAAAUUGGAAGCCAAAUGCUCCUCGCCAGCAUUCUACGAAGCAUAUUUGGAAAUGAUUGAAGCACAAGAACUCUCUGAAUUUCUUCAUAUGGAAAUUCGCUUCAAAGAGAGUUCUGACGCCGAAGAUGAAGGUUCUUCAGACAAUGUUCUGAUUGUGAGUCUGAAGAAGUCUUCAAAAAGAAAGCAAGUGGUAUCUUCCUCCCCUAGUGCUUGGGAACCACAUACUCUGACAGUAGUCAAUCUGGAUGAAGAAGAAGAAGUUUCUGCUCAAGGAGAACUUCGGAAGAAGAAGAAGAGGAGAAUUUCCUCUCCCUCCACAUUUGGAAAUGCCAACCCGGAGAACUCAGUGCAGAACCAACCACAAGAAAGUCCUCAAGAUCUUAAUGAGAAAAUCUAUCAAGACCACAAUCUUCUAUCUCCUCCAUCACAAGCUCUUGCUGAUAAAGUAGACAAAUUCAUGCAGCUCUACUAUGUUUGGAGAGCUUGGAAGGUUGGAAACUCUACAGAUCAGUUGCUUGAAUGGGAUCAACAACUGAAAAAUGAGAAGAUCAUCAAGAGGUGUCUAGGACUGCCAAUUAACUGCCAUUGCAAGCAGAUUUUGGAUGAGCAAUGGGUCUGGCAGAAAAUAAAUGAAGACGUGCUGUUGGAACACUUGUCCACCUCUCCAGCCUCAGAAUUUGAGGUAGAUGAUGACUAUGUAGCAGUCUACACACCCAUGUUCGUGAAUUCAGCUAGCAAUCAGACUGCAGACCAGGCUGAAAACAUCACUGCUGAAGCACAGGCAGACUUGGAGGCUGAAGCAGAGGAUUUCCAAGUUUUUCCGGAAUCCUCCACUGCCAUUGAAACUGUUCCUGCUGAAACCAUCCUGGAGCAUGUAGCCACUUCGCAGCAACAAGAACAGAAUUAUACUACAUCUGAAGAAGAACUUAUACAAUCCCUCCAAUUUCAGGUCCAUGAUAUCAUCACAACCACUUAUGAGAUGCCGGAAUCCUGGACCAGGAAGGUCCAAGGGCUGAUUGAGUCAGCCCUGGAGUCACAGAAAGCCACAUUCAGGCAAGACCUAGAGAAGGUAGAAAUGAGACACAGUCAAAUUCUAGAGAAGACUGAAGAAAAAUAUAGCUCAAACCUCAAGGAAAUAAGCCAAUCUGUGGACAAAACUCUAGAGAUCAUUUCUCUAUUGAGUAAUUCUGUGAGCAAUACAAUGAUAGCCUAUGCCUCUGACUGCCAACUUCAACUCAAAGAAGCUAUGGUGAUCAAGCAACAGAUUGCCAUCGUCACAACCACUCUUCAGAAGCAAAUGUCAUUUCUCCAGAUGGACAUCAGGUCAGCCCUAGCAGUGUCAUCAGCAAAUCAAGUGAUCACCCAAGAUUACCUGAAGGUUCUUGCUGAUAAUCAGAAGGAAGCAUUCAAGCUUUUCAAGCACUUUGGAACCUUCACUGCCAAACACAAGCUGGAGGUGAUUGUCCAACACAAAAGUUUACCUCCAAUUCCAAGACUUCCGAUUCAAGCAAAAGAAGGAGAGCUCGGGUACAUUCCAACUCAUUUGAACAUGACUGAACUAAUAUUGGAGGCCCAGCAGAGCAACCCCGAAAACUCGGUUCAACAUCUAUCAAACAAUGAGUUUGAUGGAACAGAAGGCUUAGGAACCAUUGCCUCACUCUUCACAAAUGAGGCUCAGCAAAAGGAAAGAUAUAACAAUCUGAAGCGCAUCAAGGAAGAAUGUGGAGUCAUGCAAGGCAUUGGUGAGGCUGUCGGAUCAUCCAAGCGCAAAAGGAGUUGAAGGCUCUUUUCAUCAAAACAGGGGGAAGUCUUGAUACAUUAUUUAUGUUUUGAUGAAAUCACCUUCUUGUUUAAACAUUAGCUUUUGUUCAAACAUUUUUGAUACAUCUCUUAGUUAUGCUUGAACAUAUUUCCUUUAAGUAUAAUUUUUGAGAUUUAUUAAUAAGUGCAUACAUUUAGGGGGAAUGUAAUUCAGGGGGGAACUUAACUGUUUUUGGCUAAUUAUUGUUUUUGGUAACGAACUACUGAUGAACUCUAAGCAAUGGAAGACGGAUAUCUCAAGUCUUGUACUAGAGUUGGAGAUCUCCGAUUCAGGCCUGCAGCCCCUUUCAGAUUAAAGUAUUAACUUGGUAAUCGUAAAAAUUUAAAACAUUUCAAACACUUUUAUUUAUCACAAUAAUAUUUUUCAUAAUAUAAACAGUACGGAGUUUUCAAUAUUGCGGAAGCUUAACAAUCAUAAUCACAAACAUAAUUUAUUUAUGUUCUUUAAUUCAAAACCAUCACAUCCAUUCCGACAAUCUCGCCUCCGUCUGCCUCCAGGAUCACGUCACUUCAUUAACCUG